UGAAUCGCACACUCUGGUUUACCACCACGGCCGCCUCACCGACACUCCCCACACGGAGCCUCUUCCUGCCCAGCGCUAACUAGUGUCUCUUCAGAUAUCAAUUCGAGCAAAAUGGGUCACGAAGAUGCCGUCUAUUUGGCCAAGCUGGCCGAGCAGGCUGAGCGUUACGAGGAGAUGGUCGAGAACAUGAAGAUUGUCGCUUCUGAAGACCGUGACCUCACCGUUGAGGAGCGAAAUCUCCUGUCUGUCGCCUACAAGAACGUCAUUGGGGCUCGUCGUGCGUCGUGGAGAAUCGUCACGUCGAUUGAGCAGAAGGAGGAGUCCAAGGGCAACUCCACCCAGGUUGACCUCAUCAAGUCCUACCGCGUCAAGAUCGAGAGCGAGCUUGCCAAGAUUUGCGAAGACAUUCUCUCCGUCCUGGAUAAGCACCUUAUCCCCUCCGCUAAGACCGGCGAGUCCAAGGUCUUCUAUCACAAGAUGAAGGGCGAUUAUCACCGCUACCUAGCCGAGUUUGCCGUUGGCGACAAACGCAAAGACUCGUCGGACAAGUCUCUUGAGGCCUACAAGGCGGCCACCGAGGUUGCGCAGACUGAACUCCCACCUACUCACCCUAUCCGCCUCGGCCUUGCCCUCAAUUUCUCCGUCUUCUACUAUGAGAUCUUGAAUGCUCCCGACCAGGCUUGCCACCUCGCCAAGCAAGCGUUUGACGAUGCCAUUGCCGAGCUUGACACAUUGAGCGAGGAGAGCUACAAGGAUUCGACCUUGAUCAUGCAGCUUCUGCGCGACAACUUGGUACGUAUUAAUUUUGGCCGUCCCGUAGAGAACCUUGGCUUACCACUUUCAUCAUAGACUCUUUGGACCUCGUCUGAGGGCGAGCCUGCCGCUACCGCCGCUCACCCGGAGGCAGCUGCUGAGGCCGAGCCGAAGGCGGAGGCGGAUGCGCCUGCGGCAGAGGAGCCCAAGGCUGCUGAGUGAACUGGAGUAUACAUUUUCGAGGUAUCGUCAUCGUGAUAACCCCUGGCUGAUCUUGGCACCCUGGUGGGAAUGGUGUUGUUGGAGCGCGGACUGGAGACCCCCCCGAGUAUCUUUGCAUGCUUUACGCAAAUACACAGACUUAAGAAUUGUAGGCGAAUCUCACAACGGCUGAGGGGCUAGAGAGCAGAGCAUAUUUGGAGGGUUUCGUUUUCAGAUUGCUUGCCUUUAGACUCUUGAUGCACCGGAAGAUCGUCUGGACAGUAAAAU